UCCCAGCUCCCUGCUCUGGCCUGGAUCUGUGCUAAUUCAGCUGUUCUCACUUGAGAGCACCUGGGCUCUGUUGUUCCUCCUCCUCCCCAGGUAAGCACAGCACGGGCAGGACAAUGGGAGAGGCACAGGGGACACGCCGGGUGCGUCCCUCAGGAAUUUGGGAAUUCUCCCGAUGUCUCCAAGCUCUGACUCACAGCCUCCCCUCCCUCCCCUUUCCUUCCCCACAGCCUUUAGCGUGGAAGAUGGCGGGUGGCGUGGACGGCCCCAUAGGGAUCCCGUUCCCGGAUCACAGCAGCGACAUCCUCAGCAGCCUGAACGAGCAGAGGAACAACGGGCUGCUGUGCGACGUGGUGAUCCUGGUGGAAGGCCAGGAGUUCCCCACCCACCGCUCCGUCCUGGCAGCGUGCAGCCAGUACUUCAAGAAGCUCUUCACCUCAGGGUUAGUGGUGGACCAGCAGAACGUGUACGAGAUUGACUUUGUGAGUGCGGACGCGCUGUCGGCGCUGCUCGAGUUCGCCUACACGGCCACGCUCACCGUCAGCACUUCCAACGUCAACGACAUCCUCAACGCCGCCACGCUGCUGGAGAUCCCGGCCGUCAGGGAUGUCUGCACGGAUCUCCUGGAGAGGAAGAUUCUGGCCAAAAAUGACCAGAUGGAUACAGUAGAUCAAAUUGAUCAGAGGAACCAUCUCAGAGCUAAAGAGUACCUGGAGUUCUUCCAGAGCAACCCCGUGAACGGCCACCAAGGCAGCUUUCCGUGGACCAACCCAGAGUUGAGAGACCUUCAGAGACUGAACUUCCGAGGCCAAGAGGAGGAGGAGGAGUCCAACUGCAACGGCCUGGACUUCUACUCGCAGGCCACCCCAACUGAAAGACCAAAGGCAAGUGACUGUGACCCCGACAGCAACCCGGCCAUGUGGCUGGACCGCGAGGACGAGGAGCCGGUCAGCGGCGGGAUGUUCUCCCCUUCCCAGAACGGACAUUACAGCAGCCGUGGCUUGGCCACCCCGGGAGAAGAGGAGGGGGGCACCCCCAGGGGCCCUCUGGACCCGCAGGAAACCGGGGACUCUCCCAGCUUCAUCCCCGCGGGCACGGAGACGGAGGAUGACGGCAGGGAGGUGGAUGACCUGGCCGCCAGCGCCCUGCUCCAGCAGAUGAUCAACUCGGUGGGGCGGCAGCAGCUCGGCGACGACGACCGCAAGGACGAGGACGGGGUCAUGGAUUAUUACUUGAAAUAUUUCGGCAGUUCCAGCGAGGGCGACGUGUACCCGUCCUGGUCUCAGAAGGUGGAGAAGAAGAUCAGGGCGAAAGCAUUCCAGAAGUGCCCCAUCUGCGAGAAGGUGAUCCAGGGAGCCGGGAAGCUGCCGCGCCACAUCCGCACCCACACCGGGGAGAAGCCCUACGAGUGCAACAUCUGCAACGUGAGAUUCACCAGGCAGGACAAGCUGAAGGUGCACAUGAGGAAGCACACGGGGGAGAAGCCCUACCUGUGCCAGCAGUGCGGGGCCGCCUUCGCCCACAACUACGACUUGAAGAACCACAUGCGGGUGCACACGGGGCUGCGGCCGUACCAGUGCGACAGCUGCUGCAAGACUUUCGUCCGCUCCGACCACCUGCACAGGCACCUUAAAAAGGAUGGAUGCAACGGGAUCCCUUCGAGGAGGGGCAGGAAGCCCAGGGUCAGGGAGGCCGGGGCGAUGCCCCCCACGCCCACGGGAAGCGCCGAGGACGGGGGAGGAUUCGCAGCCGAGAGCCACGAGUGCGAGGACACGGCGCAGGGAAACGAGCAGGAGCAGCAGCAGCAGCAGGAGCAGCAGCAGGAGCAGCACUUUGAGGAGAAUUCCAAUAACGAGGAGCCGGGAUUGAAUGUAGCAGGAGGGUCGGAUGAGGGUAACGAGCAAGGACUCUCCUAAACCAAAAAAAAAAAAAAAAAAUUCUAUAUAUAUAUAUAAACAAACAAAGCA